AUGGGCUCCCUGCUGACUUCCCUGUUCGUGCUGACGUUGCUGUCCGCCGCUGUCGGGACGACCGUUGACUACACCGGCCGCAACUUGACGCACGUCCCGACAGACGCCAUCACGUCACGCGCUCACACCGUCCGACUGUCUCACAACAGGAUUUCCCGCCUCGGCUCCGGCUUUACCUCAGCCCCGCGCAUCCGCUACCUGCUCAUCGACGACAACAGGGUGAACAACUUAUCCCCGCAAACCUUCCAACCUCUGCGGGAACUACUCGUCCUAGAUCUGGACAGGAACUGCGUCGUCUCCCUUCGCGACUUCACCUUCUCGGCCCUCGCCGCGCUCUCGGAUCUCAUUCUCUCCAACAACCUCAUUUCCGCCGUCUCGGCGCGGGCCUUCCACGGGCUGACAAGUCUGCAGUUCCUGGAACUUUCCGGGAACCGACUGUCGGCAGUCCCCGCGCAGGCCGUCCGCCUGAUCCCCAGCGAGCGGCUCUUGUUAGUUCUGCUCAUGGUGAACAACAUCAGCCAGAUUCCCGGAGACAUCGCCUCCCUCCACCCGUCCGCUUCGUUCAGGUUCCAGGGCAACCCCCUACGCUGUCCGGCUGAGAAGCUGAACUCCAGCCGCGUGGACGUGAUUAACGUCGAGAACAUGUCCAGCUGGCCCGCGGUGUGGGAUUACGUCGUGGACACACCACUGGAAGGCGGCCGCAGAUUUGUAAGGAAGAGCUUCUUCAUCAAACGUCUGCACAAAUACUUCGGCGUCGCUCCCAAAACCUUCUACGUCCCCCAGCACCUUAGCCUUCGUCUCCCCGAGGUUCCCGCGGGCAGGUAUGUGGAUUAUCCAACGGCCUGGAUCACCCCAACAGGGCGCCGCCCGGUUCCUGUCGGCAAAGCGCUCACGGUUGAAGACUUCCCCGCGGAAGACUCGGGGUUGUACACGUAUGUGCGGGACGUCCCGGGCAUCGCCAGGUCCGUCUGCUUCGACCUGCUGAUUUGCCUUCGCCGGCCGGCCGAGGACGAGCAGGAACCUGAGAAAAUAACAACGUCCUCAGCCGAUGACUUUUCACCACAAGACCGUAAAAACAGCAGAAACGACAUCUGUGCGGGUUCUCAGGCGAACCAGUCCUGCAGUUGUUUCAACGGGUCAAGAUCACCGUCGUUUCAUCACCCGGAGUUCAAGUGUGAUGCUGGCAGCACCAACUCAGACUCAGAAGCAAACCCAACCCUCUUACAACUCGUCCUCGGCAUUGCUUCUGUAGUUGUCGUCAUGAUGCUCUUUCCCGUCGCUGUAUUUCGUUGGAGAAAAGGAGGAAGGAGUAGAUAUAGAGAGAACGGCGGCACCACCGGGGCUGCGUUAUGCGCGGGGGCGCAGGCCAUGGCCGUCUGUAUCCCUCUUCAUCCCCUGCCCGGGCUGACAGAACUUUCAACGGAAGGAGGACCGAGCGCAUCUCCACUCACUCAUCUGAGGAGAGGAACGGGAUUAUGGGCGGCGAUGAAAAUGGGAGCCAUGCAAUAUAGUUUCCACCGCGCGGCAGGAGCGCCCCCAGCGGACACGAUCGGUACUACAGAAGCUCAGGUUCAUCACUACGAGAACGCUGACGCUGACGAAUACGCCUCAGCAGCACCGCCCCCUCUGCCGGGUGAUGGGGAAACUGCAGCUGACGCUGUAAAUACAAGCGUGCCGGAUGGAUUAUCUGAACAACCUGCUUUUCAGAUCGGGGAAGGUCUGGAAAUGCCUUACGGUGUAGCCGCGGCAAAUACACUGUAUAGGCAGCGAGGAGGGACGGCACCGAAUCCUAGUACUAGUGUUCUCACAAAUGAGCACACAAGUAGCGCUGAUGUGGCUGACUCGGCAACUUACAGUGCGGCAGGCGACAACCCGGUUGAAGCACAAACCGUCACCACUGAUUUGUACCUGCAGCAAACUGCGCACAUACUCAGUGGCAGCAGAGGCAAACACACCACUGUACCGACGAGAUACGGCACCGAAUCGUAG